AUGCAUCUGUGGCCGAGACUUUCGCCUGAGAUGUUCCUUCAACAGCUUGGGCGCCAUGGUGACCUUCCCGAAGCAUGGAAAUCCUGCAUAGUCCACUAUGGAUUAGCUCUCACUGCACUACAGAGGGCUAGACGAUUGAUCGCGCUCGCCGAGGCCUCAAGUCAGGAGGAUCUUGCGAACGAGUUGCGCAACACUGGCCAUCAGAAUUGGGAUCCCAUGGACUCCCCAGAAUCCCUGCUGAUGGAAGUCGAAAGCGGUGUUAUGAUUCGCGAGGUCCAGGAGCAGAUUGCUGCGCAAAUGCGCCGUCCACAGAACGGCGACAAUGCUGUCAUGCAGCUCAACAUGGGUGAAGGCAAGUCAAGCGUCAUUGUGCCAAUUGUCGCAGCCGCUCUCGCCAAUGGGAAGCAAUUGGUCAAGGUGUUCGUGGCAAAACCACAAUCUAAGCAAAUGGCGCAAAUGCUGGUGUCGAAGCUGGGCGGCCUGCCGAAUCGACGAGUCUGCUACAUGCCGGUCUCCAGAUCAUUGAGACUAGAUCAGACAGCUGCCACGGCGCUUUCCACCAUGCUCCGCACAUGCAUGUCGGAAGGAGGGAUUCUCCUGGUGCAACCGGAGCAUGUUCUCUCUCUUCAGCUGAUGGCUCCCGAGUGCUAUAUUUCUGGCAAAGACGAUAUUGGAAGGGAGAUUAUGUCAAUGCUGGACUUCCUGAACUCCAGCUCUCGUGACAUCAUCGACGAAAGCGACGAGAACUUCUCAGUCCGAUUUGAGUUGAUCUAUACGAUGGGUAUGCAACGCCCCAUCGAGUUGAGCCCGGAUAGAUGGUUAUUAUCUCAACAGAUCUUCCAGCUGAUCAGACUUCUGAUAUCGGAGGUGGCGACCGCGCUGCCCCUAUCCGUGGAGUAUCGUCCUGGCAUCACUGGAGGCUUUCCUCGGGUGAGACUACUUCGAUCGAAUGCUGCAGUUCAUCUUCUGCAUCUACUUGCUAAUUCCAUCUGCGACAACGGCUUGGAAGGCUUCCCGGUCUCGCGGCAGUCCGGGACCACUCGCAAAGCUGUCCAUGCUUACAUCACAAAGGCGGAGCUCACCAUGGGCGAGAUCAAUGCGGUAGAGGACUCUCUUUUCUGGACGAAGACUACGUCUCCGCUCUUACUGCUUCUCCGCGGCCUCAUCGCGGGCGGUGUGCUAGAGUUUGUCUUGGGUCAAAAGCGGUGGCGUGUCAACUACGGCCUGACUACGCGCACCCGAGUUGCAGUACCAUACCGCGCCAAGGAUAGCCCAUCGCCAAGUUCCGAGUUCAGCCACCCAGAUGUUGUGAUUAUGUUGACGUCGCUCUCGUACUACUAUGGUGGGCUCUCGGACGAGCCCAUGUUCAUCACAUUGGGACACCUUCUGAUGUCCGACCUACGUGACAUCGAGUACCAAGCCUGGGUGCGUGACUCUCAUAGCUUACCUGAUGCAUUUCUGCAGCUUCAGGGUAUCAACAUCAAGGAUCGUCAACAAUGUACCGCGGAGAUCUUCCCAGCCCUUCGCUACGCCAAAAGUGUUGUGGACUACUAUCUAUCGCACCUCGUCUUCCCGAAAGAGAUGAAGGAGUUCCCGGACAAGCUUUCGGCCUCUGGUUGGGACCUAGGCAAACGCAAAGGGUUGCCUGUGACGGGCUUUUCUGGCACGAAUGAUUCGAAAUGCCUCUUACCAGUCACAGUCGACCAUCUCGACCUGCCAGAUCAGAAACACACCAAUGCGCUUGUUAUGGAACACAUCCUUCAACCGGAGAACGAACUCGUGCUUAUGGAUACUAGUACCCAAGCUACUUCCGAUGCGGAGCACUUGUUGGCCACUGUCACUCGCCAGGACCGUCCAAUACAAGUCAUCCUCGAUGUUGGGGCUCAGAUCUUGGAGCUUGACAACCUCCAAGUCGCAAAAGCAUGGUUGCGCAUGCAUGACCCAACGAAGCAGGCUGCAGUCUUUGUUGAUGAUAAUGAUGAUGUAUGUGUCGUCGAUCGUCAUGGCCGAGUUGAUCUGUUGCGUACGUCUUCGUUCUCUGCUCGGCUCGAGUCGUGCCUUAUCUUUCUCGACGAGGCGCACACUCGUGGUAUCGAUCUCAAGCUACCAGUACAUUACAGAGCAGCUGUCACUCUGGGGGCCAAUCUCACGAAAGAUCGACUGGUACAGGCGUGUAUGCGAAUGCGCAAGCUUGGAAAGGGUCAAAGUGUGGUCUUUUGUCUUUCGCAAGAGAUGCAAGUCAAGAUCGCUGAGCAGACUUCGAAGUCGGCGUCAGAGCUAGCGGUCAGUGACAUUCUGCUGUUUUCGAUGUUCGAGACACAUACCGAUGCACGCCGCAGCAUUCCACUGUGGGCUGUACAGGGCGAGCGAUUCAUACGUCAAGACAAGCUUUGGAGAGAUGCAUGCGUUGAUAAAAAGACAUCCUUGACGAAGAGCCACGCAGAGAAGUUCCUUGAGCAAGAGGCUCAAACCAUCAAUGACCGCUACCGCCCGCAUUUGACUCCCACUAUUAGCGAUCUUCACUUCACCUCUAGCACCCUCCAAGAGGAGCAAGAGCGCGAGCUCUCGCCAGAGAUCGAACAAGAGCGGCAGGUCCAGAAGGCGUCAGCAGCCGACCCUGCCGAACACAAGCUUCACAAAGAUGUUCAGGCGUUUGCCACUAGGGGCUCAUUUUCUGAGAACUCAGAGGCUUACAUGCCUGCUUUCAAUGCUCUACAAGGCUCGACUGCGGCUAAAGACUUUUCGACAGUCCAAUUGAGCACCAAGCAGAAUCUGUAUGUUACAGCCGAUUUCGCCAAGACCACUCAGACACCUGGCGGCUCCUCAUAUGCUUCGGACGCCUUCCAACGCCCUGUGCAAUGGCUUCUCACUACACGCAAGAAGUCUUCAGAUGUUGUUGAGCGGGUGCUCAUCAUCAGCCCCUUCGAAGCCAAUCAGCUCAACAAGACCAUGACAAGCUCGACCGCGGCGACCAUGCAUGUGUACAAGGCUCGUACUCACUCUGGUUUCUCAUCUCUGAGUCAGCUGGAUUUCCACACCAUAUCCGCACAAAGCAUGCCAUUCAGGGUUCCUCGCGCUAUUGCAAUCCAGCUUGAUUUGUUCGCAGGCCAGCUCUACAUCACUUCGUAUGACGACUAUCGCGAGAUUUGUCAUUUCCUUGGCCUUUCAGCCGAUACCGUGACAGAAGCAAUGGGCCGAUGUGGGUGGAAGGUCACUGCUGAUGGAUUCAUUCUCAGCGAUGAUCAGGGCCGUGUGGGUGGUUCAUCUGGCAUCAAGAAGAGUCCGGUCAACUUCUUCAAGGUCCUUAUGUCGAAGAUCAGACGGAAUGGCAAGGGCAUAGGCAAGACGCACAUGGGUAAUCUGUUGGAGGGCAAGCUAUUCCAGGCCUCGGAUUUCGAGAGUGAGUAG